CUCAACCGCACCCAGGGCACGCCGUGCCGAGGAGUAGCCGAGUAAUCCGGGGUGGGGCCCCAGGCAGGAAGACCACGAUCGACUCCAACCGGGAACCGCAGGGAGAAUCUGAGCGCUGGGUGUGGCAGGCCGCGAGAGCGACGCGCACUUUCUCCGGCUCCGUCCCUUGCCGUUGUUUCUCGAGAGGCCGCCGCAUCUAGCAGCUUCGCCCCCUCAUUUUUAAGGCUACGCUUUCGCUCUUCGCCUAAACCGAAACGACCCCCGAAGCCAUGGCAAAGUACACAAGAGGUACCGUAAAAGACUUCCCUGGAUUUGAUGCCAGAGGUGAUGCUGAAAGUCUUCGCAAGGCAAUGAAAGGAUUAGGAACUGAUGAAGAUCCAAUCUUGAAGAUUCUAACAGGCAGAAGCAAUGCUCAGCGCCAGGAAAUUGCAGUACAAUUUAAAACUCUUUUUGGCCGGGAUUUGAUUGAUGACCUUAAAUCAGAACUGACAGGCAACCUGGAGAAGCUCAUUGUUUCCCUGAUGAGACCUGAACAGCUUUAUGACGCUCAUGCACUAAAACAUGCCAUUAAGGGGGCAGGAACUGAUGAACAGGUCUUGACUGAAAUUCUUGCAUCUCGGACCUCUGCUGAAAUCCGGAAUAUAAAGCAAGUUUAUCAAGAAGAAUAUGAAGCUGAUUUAGAAGAUCAUAUAACAUCAGAUACCUCUGGCUACUAUCAGCGAAUGUUGGUAGUUCUUCUACAAGCUAACAGAGAUCCUGAUGGCCAGAUUAAAGAAAGUCUAAUUGAGCAAGAUGCUCAGGAACUUUUUAGAGCUGGGGAACUGAAAUGGGGAACAGAUGAAGAAAAAUUUAUCACUAUUCUGGGAACUCGAAGUAUAUCUCACUUAAGAAAGGUUUUUGACAAAUACAUGACUAUUUCUGGUUUUCAAAUUGAAGAAACAAUUGAUCGUGAAACAUCUGGUCCACUUGAAAAGCUGCUUCUGGCAAUUGUGAAGUGUGUCCGAAGUGUUCCUGCCUAUUUUGCUGAAUGUCUCUUUUAUGCAAUGAAAGGAGCAGGCACUGAUGAUGAUACAUUGAUCAGAAUUAUGGUUUCAAGGAGUGAAAAAGAUCUACUUGAUAUCAGGCAGGCAUUCAGAAGGGAUUUUGCAAAAAGUUUGCACCAUGUAAUUCAGAAAGAUACUUCUGGUGACUACAGGAAUGGGCUUCUGCUGCUGUGUGGAGGAGAAGACUAGUAGAGUGAAGUCUACAAUAACACAGAGGACAGAAUCUCAAAUCAUGCCUUGUGCCUUUUUCCAGUUGUGUGGCAUUUACAUAGAUCUGCAGUCUUGUUUGUAUCCAUGCUGGCAUUUUUAUGCCAAAAGCAAUGUAUUGUUGUUAGUCACAUAUUAUGAUGCUUCUUUUUGUGCUGGCUUGCUUACAUAGGAUUAUUUUCCUUACAAGUUAUGUUGUUUCAUGCAUUUAUUUUACAUAAUUGGAAUUUAAAAUCAAUGGAACAAAUUUGGAACCAAUAUUUCAUGUGUACAUUCCUUAUUGAAAUUGUUUGUUUGACAAAAGUGCCUUUAAAUAAAUCUGUUUUUAUUUUUAAAACCAAAAGCUUCUAGGCCAAGGGUGUCAAACUCGCAUCAUCAUGGCAUCACGUGAUGUAUUGGGACUUUCCUCCCUUCGCUAAACUGGGUGGGGGAGGGACCCGCACAUGACGCAUCCGGCCCGUGGGCCUGCGAGUUUGACACCCCUGUUCUGGGCAAAGCUUUUAUUAUGCCAUUAGUACUUACUAACGUUUCACAGUGGGUCCAGAUGAUACUGUUUUCCUCAUAGAAGAGGAAAACCUAUAAUAAUUGCACAAUGUCUUUUGAGAGAAUAGUGUUGAUAGUUGGUUAUCUAGGAACAUCCCUCCAUUUCAGCAAAAGUGGAAAUAAAAUACAUUCCAAAAUGAAAGCAAAUUUCCUCUUAGCUAAACUUGCACUAUAUAUCUUGCACUUUUUAUUCAUUUUAAAGAACAUUUCUGCUAAUAGAUUUAAAAUUGUGAGCUAUGCAUUAACUGUCCUCAUGUAAUGUGAUUUUGGUACAAUUAAAAAUGUUUAUAACCUA